AUGAAAGUUGUUACAAGUAAUGGCAAUGUCCAGGUUGUGUUUGCCACCUUGUGCAUUAUUCUACUUGCUACUGUGUUAUCAGUAGAAGGGCAAAGGCGCAUUGGUAACACUCUUGGUAACGCUGUUAAAGGUGUAGGUAAUGUUGUUGGUGGCGUUGUUAAAGGUGUAGGUAAUGUAGCUGGUAGCACUGUUCAAGGUGUAGGUAAUGCUGGUGGUGGCGCUGUUAAAGGUGUAGGUAAUGUUGUUGGUGGCGCUGUUAAAGGUGUAGGUAAUGUUGCUGGUAGCACUGUUCAAGGUGUAGGUAAUGCUGCUGGUAGCGCUGUUAGAGGUGGCACUAAUGCUGUUGGUAGCGUUGUUGGAGGUGGAGGUCGCAUUGGUGGACGUGCUAGAGGUAGCCUCAGUGGUGGUGCCGGUGGUAGUGGUGGAGGAGGGGCUGGAGGAGGAGGAGCUCGCACAAGUACAGGUGGGAAGCAUUAG